AUGUACAGCGAAAAACAGUCAAAGCUGGGUGACAAACCCAUUGCCAACAUGGCCUACAAGAAGGUGCGCUUCAAAGUGUUAACAAUCGGGACUGUUGGACAAAAUAUUUUUAUAAUACUCACAAUAUUAAUAUGCGCCGUGUCAUCAAAUCGACCGCCACGUUUUGCAAUCGAUGGCCAAUCGGAGAUUGUGCUGAGACUGAAGGAGAGUCCCGAAACGAGGGUUGGUAGUCAAAUCUAUACGCUCCGGGGCUACGAUCCGGACAACGAUCCGUUGAUCUUUGGCAAGCGUAACUCGCACGAUAGCGAAAUCAUUCGCAUCGAGAAUACGUCCGGCAACGAGGCGAAAGUGUUUUUGGCCAAGGAACUGGAUCGCGAAACGCAGGACGAGUAUGCCAUCGUGCUGACUCUGACGGACAGUCAGUACGGCGAUCACAAUUAUGUGACGCAGAGUUUUCUGCUGCUCGUCGAGGAUAUUAACGAUAACGCGCCCAUCUUCCUGCCCUACCCGAAUGCCAUCGAAAUACCCGAGGGCAGUGCGCCGGGCGUGAUUAGCACCCUGGAAGCAACCGAUGCCGAUGAGGGUGCCUACGGCCAAGUGGUUUACUAUCUGCAGGAACUGGAUGGCGAUAACGAUGCCUUCAGCAUAGCCACGCAUCAGGGUAAGGGCAUCCUGCGACUGCAGCGGCAGCUGGACUAUGAAUCGAAGAGCUUAUAUCAGUUGCGCAUUCUGGCUAUCGAUCGGGCCAACCAGGGGCCGGUCAAUACGGGAACGGCUGCCAUUUUAGUCAAGGUUCGGGACAUUGCGGAUCAGCCGCCCGAGUUUGUCGAAGUGCAGGCUGUCGCAAGGAUUGCCGAGGAUGCGCCUGUGGGCACAAAGGUGCUGAGGGUGCGUGCCAUCGAUGGUGAUCGUGGCAUUAACAAUCCCAUUGCCUAUGCUCUGGAUGGCAAUGAUCUCUUCGAUAUCGAUCCACAUACGGGUGUUGUCUACACCCUGACCGUCUUAGAUCGCGAGGAGGAAAGCGAUCAGGUGAAUGGUGCUCACAUCCUGAGGAUCACCGCAACGGAGCUGACAAAGGAUGGGGAAGAACCACAGAAAACAGCCGCAACUGUACGCACCGAGGUGACCAUUAUUGUGACAGAUGUCAACGAUGAGAUUCCCACCUUUGGUGCACCCAUCUAUCGCUGCGAGGUCAAUGAGAAUGCUCAGACGAAUACACCACUUAACUUUAUCGAUGGCGACGUACAGAAUUUCGUCUAUGAUCACGAUGAGGGCAAAAAUGGAACGUUUCGCUUGUUCCUCGAUCCGCCCAAUGAUCUCUUUGAGAUUGUGCCCGAGCUGGCCGUGAAUGAGGCCAACUUUAUGUUGCGCGUCAGGAAUUCCAAGUCGUUGGACUUUGAGCAAUUUGUGGAAAUUAACUUUACAAUAUUCGCCAGGGAGAUCGAUGAACCCACACGCUGGAGUUCAGCUCAUGUGCAAAUCUUUAUACGCGAUCAGAACGAUAACUUUCCCGAGUUCACACAAGCGAUCUACAAUGCGGGAGUGCCCGAGAAUAGCGAACUGGGCACAAUAAUUGCCCAAGUGGAAGCGGUUGAUGUGGACUCUGGAGAUUUUGGUAGCAUGGGCAUACGAUACACGAAUCUGAGAGGAGGCAUCGCGCACUUAUUACAUUUGAAUCCCAUAACGGGUGUGGUUACGAUCAAAACUCCAGGGAGUCCAGCAUUCGAUCGUGAGAUCAUUUCCCGUCACUAUUUAACUGUUGAGGCCAUUGACAAUGUGGGUCAAGGCAAUCGCAACACUGCUCAGAUAAUCAUUGAUAUUCAGGAUGUGAACGAUAAUGCGCCAAUUUUCCUGCAUCGGCAGUAUGAGGCCAAGCUGCUGGAGAAUAAGGCUGAGUUUGAGACACCGCUACAGGUGGAAGCCCGUGAUCUGGAUUUGAAUGGCACCGAGAAUAGUCAGAUUACCUAUGAGAUUGUUGAGGGGCUGUAUCGCAUGAACUUCUCCAUUGAUCCGGAGAGUGGAUAUGUGCGUCCCCUGCAUCACUUUGACUACGAGGAACUGGUGGACAGUCAUCGGCGUCCUGUGCGCCAGGCGAAUGCGGAAAUGCGUGAGAUUGAUCUACUCAUACGUGCCAGAGAUUCGGGCAUACCCAUGCUGUCCACUGUGGUGCCGGUGCUCAUCUAUGUACAGGAUGUCAACGACAAUCCGCCCAUCUUUCAGAAGAGCUUCUAUGCCAAAACGGUGCCCGAGGACCUGCCAGGCGGCAGCUCGGUGCUGCAGGUGCUGGCCAUCGAUCGCGACGGCUCCUCGCCCAAUAACGCGAUCGUCUAUCGCAUACAAACUGGCGCCAGCGAUAAGUUUAUUAUAAACUCGGAAACGGGUGUCAUAUCUGUGGCUCAGGGAGCCAACUUAGAUCCCGAUCUGACCGAAAGCAAGCGACUGAUAUACACUCUUAAUGUGAUCGCAUUGGAUGGUGGCCUUGGUAGUUCCCAGUUGAUGAAUACGGCCACUGUAAACAUCAGUAUCAAGGAUGUGAAUAAUAAACCACCCAUGCUACACGAUCUGCCAGCAUUGAAGGUCGUUGAAAACACACCUGUAGGCACCUUAGUCUAUCACAUUCAAGCCACAGAUCCAGAUCAGAGCCCCAUACUGCGCUAUAAGCUCAACGCGGAGCACUCUGAGGCCCGCAACGAGGAGGGUGGCCUGGUGAAGAUCACUGAAUAUGAUUAUCUGGGUGCGUUCGACCUGGACGCCAUACAGGGCUAUCUGAAGGUAAUCAAACUAUUGGAUCGCGAGAAAGUGGAACACAUCAAGCUGGCCAUAACCGUCGAGGAUCUAGCAGCGACCAAGGGCAAACAAAUUGUGCAAGCAUUUCUUAGCAUUCAAGUGCAGGAUGAAAAUGAUAACAAUCCCAAGUUCCGGCAACCCUUCUAUAGGCAAACAAUCACCGAGAACAGCAUCAAUGGCGUUAUGAUUGCCAAUGUGCUGGCCUAUGAUGUGGACAAGAAUCGCACAAUUAGCUAUGCAAUGGAGGGUAAUCCUACCUAUCGGAAUCUAGUUCAUUUGGAUGCACAAACCGGUGAAAUUGUCGUGGCCAACAAGAUCGAUCACGAACAGCAUCAAUGGUUGAAUUUUAGUGUGCGUGCUACGGAUUCCGGAGUGCCUCCGAGAUCGGCGCUAGUCGAUAUCUAUGUCACCGUCUUGGAUGAGAACGACAAUAAUCCGUUUUUUAUAGGAGGCAGCAAGAACUAUACGAUCAGUGAGGGUGCUUCGCCAGGCACUCGGGUAGCCACCCUGCAGGCAGCUGAUGCAGAUUCGGGUGAUUUUGGCAAGAUCACAUUUCUGAUGGAUCGCAUUAGUUCACAUGGCAAGUUUACCAUAGAUGCGGAUACGGGUGUCUUAACCGUGGCCGAUCAACUGGAUCGCGAGACGAAAAACUCGUACAAUCUGGUGAUAGAGGCCUGGGACAACUAUCAGUUUGGGUUUUUAGCAGGCGAGAGUCGGAAUGCCUUCAAGCAAGUGUUCAUUACCAUAUUGGAUGAGAACGAUAAUGCACCCGAGUUGACGUUACCCACCUCAUGUGUGCUCAUCACCGAGUAUCAUGAGCUACACGAGAGUAUUGCGAGCAUCAUUGGAAAGGAUGCGGAUGAUCCGACGACGCCAAACGGACGAUUGCAAUUCGGUAUAGUCAAGGGCAACCGAGAGGGUCUCUUUGAGCUGAGGCAACAGGAUCCCUGGAACGCACACAUCUAUGCCAGCAAAACGUUGCGCAACAAGUUUGGGAAUUAUAGUUUGAGCAUUGUCACCAAGGACUUGGGUGUGCCAACAAAUACGGUGAUCCGCACUCUGGACAUUUGUGUCUCGGACUUUAAUGAUAAUGCUCCGGUGUUUGUCAGACCAUUGCGUAACACCACAGUGCGCAUACCGGAGAACGCCACAGUGGGCACAAUGCUGCUGCAGGCCUAUGCGAGUGAUGCGGACAUGGGUCAGAAUGCACUGGUUCGCUAUCGCCUCAAACCCGAUCCUCUGGGCAGCUAUAAGCUAUUCGAGCUGAACGCCAAUACGGGAGAGCUAUUUCUGAAAGCGCCCCUGAAUCGGGAUAAGCAGAAGACACAUGAGAUACGUAUCGAAGCCUACGAUCAAGGAUUGCCCACUAGUCUAAGCACCGAUCUCGAUCUGACCAUCUACAUACGCAAUGUGAACGACUAUGAGCCACAGUUUAUUGUCAACGAGAUCGCUCUUAAUUUCACGGAGCACGCUGAUCUGGGCUCGGAGCGGAUUAAGCUGCCCGAUACCAUAGACAAGGACGAUAUGGAUCUAGACGAUCCGAACGAGGCGCCCACACAGGUCUGCUAUUUCAUUCUGCACGGCAAUGAGGCAGGCUACUUCCAUCUGGAUCCCGAGACACAUGUUCUGAACGUGGAGCGCGAAUUGGAUCGCGAACUCAUUGCUAACUUCACCCUCUACGUCAAGGCCACUGAGAACUGUGCCAAUGAGUCGCUCCCCGGUUGGAGCGGCUUGGAGAUCGAUGGGAAUGCACUGCUGAAUAAUCGAAAUGAUAUCGAACUCAUAAACUAUGAUCGCUAUAAGCAUUCGCGACAAGUGCGCUCUGCCAGUCUGGAGUACGAGAUGUCCACAUCCGGCGAACCGGAUCUGAUAUCCUACGACAACUAUGUGGAUGUGCACAGCGCAGAGGAGCGGUUACCCCCAAAAAUAGAUAGCACCAUUGUGUGUGUGCGGAUACGUGUACUGGACAUUAAUGAUAAUCCGCCCAGAUUUCGCUCGAAGAUCUUUACGGGUGGCAUCACCACCAAUGCUGAUUUUGGCCUUAGGUUUAUGCGCGUGGAGGCCUUCGAUCCGGAUGAGGGGGACAAUGCGAAAAUCGCCUACUAUCAGAUGGGCGACAUAAGGCAAACACUUUCCGAGGGCCUGGAGAAUGUGCGCAAGGCACCCUUCCUGAUCGAUAAUCGAACGGGUGAAGUGCAGCUAAACUUUGAUCCGCAAAAGGGCAUGAAGGGCUACUUUGACUUUAUGGUGCUGGCCAACGAUUCGCUGGGCAUGCGGGAUGUGGCCCAUGUGUUCAUCUAUCUGCUGCGCGAGGAUCAGAAGGUGCGCUUUGUAUUCCGACUGCAACCGGAUGAGCUACGUGCCAGAAUUGAUAUGUUCAGAGACACUCUGGGCAACAUCACGGAAUCGAUUGUCAACAUUGAUGAGAUCAAGGUGCACGAGAACAAGGAUGGUUCGGUGGACAAAACCAAAACGGAUUUGUAUAUGCAUCUAGUCGAGCGCGAGGACAACUCCAUCUAUGAGGUGGCCGAGGUGCUCAAGCUUAUUGACACACACAUCGAGAGCCUGGACGACCUGUUCAAGGAUCUCAACGUGUUGGAUACACAGGCGGCCGAGGCGCAGCUUCUGACAGUGGGCCAGACUAAAGGGGCAAUGUUUGUCUGGCUGAUCUUUAUAAAUCUAUUUCUGGUCUCCUUGCUGGUGGUCACACUGGCGCUGUGCGCCUCCCAACGCAAAGGCUACAAGCGGCAGUUGCGUGCCGCCAAAGUGAACAUCUUUCGUGGCCACUCUUCCACAUCGCUGCAGCAUCCGAGUGAGCCUGCGACGAGAGUUCCAAAUACCAAUAAGCACAGCGUGCAAGGCUCGAAUCCCAUUUGGCUAAAGGGCUACGAGAACGAAUGGUUCAAAACCGAAGAGAAUGUUAGCAUUGGCGGACAGGACUCUUUGGAUGAUAACUUCCUGGCAAUUGCCACACAGGAUAUGCACGAAACGCUCAAGGGCACUGCCAAACUGUUUAAUAAUGCGAACGAUCUGAAUCGCCACUUCAAUUUGUACAACCAAAUCGAUAAGCUAACGAACAAUGCUCAAAUCCUGGCACGCAAACUGGAAACAACAGAAUUAUAGCGUCCGGAAACUAAAACUGACCCACUUACUCAACCUGUUUAUUUAUUGUGCUUCGAUUUAAGAUUAACUAAUAAGUCUAUCUUAAGCGUGAACGAUAAGACCCAUG